GAGGCUGCGGAGCACCGGGCGGCCCCGCGGUUGCCCUUCGCUCGGGGCGGGUGCCGGAGGUGCGGGAAGGGCUCCGCAACCGUGGAGUCAUGGCCCCCCCGCCGCACUGCUAUGAGGGCUUCGUGGAGGUGCGGGGGCUGCGGGAUCAGAGCUGCAGGAGGCGCUGGGCCGGGCUGCGGGGGACGACGCUGUGCUUCUAUGGGGCGCCCAGAGAGCAGCAGCCUUUGGAGCUUCUGGACCUGGAUGAGCUGGUGGGGGUACAGAAAAAGGGGGGGGCCCUCGUCCUCCAGCUGCGGGAUCAGAAGGUGACACUGAAGGCAGACAGCGUGCAGGAACAGGAGAUGUGGCGCGGCUUCAUCCUCACCAUGGCCAAGAUGGAGGUGCCCACAGACCUGGAGCUGCUGCCUGGGCACCUCAUCCAGCUGUCGGAGGCGCUGCGCCAGGAGAGGGAGAACCGCCGGAGGGGAACGGAGUGUGGGGACAACUGGCACCUGCCAGCUGCUUCUUUCGACGUGUCGCGCGCUGAGGCCGAGCGGCUGCUGGAGCGCAACGCAGGCAGUGGGAGCGUGGUGCUGCGGCCCGGUGGGCACGGCCAAGGCUUCUCCAUCAGCACACGGCAGGUGCUGAGCGGCGCUGCUCUGCUGAAGCACUACAGGGUGGUCAGCGUGGGAGAUGGGUUCCUUGUUGAUGUCGACACGCCGCAUCACUGCUCCUCGCUGGACGAGGUGGUGCAGUACUUCGUGAAGCAGAGCAAAGGCAGCCUGCAGCCCCUGCACCGGGAGUACAGCAUGACGCUGGAGUUCGUGGAAGCAGAUGCUAAAAGCUCGGAGGUGACACGGCGGCCAUGCAAACCUCCCCUGCCCCCCCGCCCCCCGGCCCGCCCCCAAGGCGCAGCACCGCCGGCCCAGGCCCCCCCCCUACUGCCAAAACCAACAGCGACCCCACAGCACGCAGUGAGAGGUGAGUGUGGAUGGGGGAAACUGGGGGGGGGGGAGGGGGGAAGAAACCACUGCACCCCACUGCUCUCCCCUGCAGGUGCCGGCAGCCCCCCCAGCUCACAGCCCCAUUCGACCCCACGGCGCGGCCCACUGCUGCCCCAUGGACACAAUGCUGCAGACAUCACAGAGGAGCUGGCUCAGAAGCUGAUGAGGCGGCCGUGCUCUCAAUGAGGACUGAUGGGGGUCAGUGGGGGGGGGUCGGGCUGGCUGCCCCCCUCCUUCCCUACCAGCUGUGGGCAAUGGUGUCCACCUGCCCCCCCGACCCCCCCCCCCAUGCUACCUGGCCUCGUGGCAGGGGCUGCCUAUGGGGUUGGGGGCCCCAGGUUGGAAUACCGGGGGGGCACACAGCCCCAUGGUGGCGAGGGGGUCGGGGGGGGGGCACGCAGCUCUGGUGGCACUACAAAUAAUAAAGCUGCCCAUCCCACCACC